AUCCUGCUCGUCCGGUGGCAAGACUAAGACAACUGAUGCUAGUAGUACUACGGUGGAGCAAUGUAGUGGUCCAUCUGUUGCCCAGGGCAACGAAAGUGCUACUUCCGGCCACCGCAACACAUCAAAAUCCGACUGUGCUGGCAACAUCGGCAAGAAGAGUCCUCCAGCGCCGCAGGAC